GUAAGCGUUUCACGGCGAAAAUUUUGCUGAGUAAAACACAACUCGACGUCACGUAAUCAGUUGGAGAUACCCCAAUCGUAUAUGCACACUCACGCUCACACACACAUACACACACACAAUUUGUAUUCUAAUUUUCGUAUCCGCUUAGAGGGGUUUUAUUCUCGGCACGAGGAAUACUAAGUACAAAUUUAAGUUUGCAUCGUUUUUCAGAUUUAAAACUAACCACAGCUUUAAAUCAAUCAUUUUUUGAAAAGUACAAUGUUUUUUAUGCCCGUAAGCAUAUAUAUUCUUGAUCAGCAUCAAAAGCCGAGUCGAUCUAGCCAUGCUUGUCCGUCUGUAUGAAGAAAGGGCUGUCAGAGACUAGACAGACUUAGAAUUUUGAAUAUAAUUUAUCGAUAACAUAUAGCUAAUAUCGAUGAAAAUCGAAAACAAUAAAAGUGGCAAUCGUAAAAAUAUUGCCUGAUAGUAUUAAAGUAUACCAAAUCUGCACAUAGAACUAUAAACAUUUCAAUAAGAUCGGCUAGGAAACGCAGAUUUUGUUAACCAAAAGGUGUUUUUAUACUGAACUAUGUGUUUGGGGUGUCUGCUAGUCGAGUUGAUUUAUUAUUCCCUGUAUAUUUAAGAGGAUCCCGGUAGAAAGAACAAGAGCGCGUGUCCGAUCACAAAAGAUCGAUCGAUUUAUCGGACAGGUGGCAACGCCACGCAAUAUCAGCAUUUUGAAAAACAAAAAAGAUAAACACAACAAAAAACUGUUGAUUUGAUUCCGAGCGCUUGCGAGCAUGGCCGAAUCAGUUGCUGCGAUGGACUUUGACGAGAUACUCACGCAAAUUGGUGAAUUCGGUCUCUAUCAGAGAGUCAACUAUUUACUCAUCUGCCUGCCAGUGCUAUUUGCGGCUGCGAACAGUUUGUCGUAUGCAUUUACAGCCGGCACACCAAAAUACCGCUGCCGCAUCGAACAAUGCGACGAUGAGGAUGAGGAUGAUGAGGAGCAAUUGGCACAAUAUCAAACCGAUUGGCUGGAUGUGGCUAUUCCAGGCACGAGAGAUAAGCACGGUUAUUUCACACCCAGCGAUAGUUGUUUGCGCUUUGCUACCAAUGAGAGUGAAGAGUUCGGUGUGCAACAGUCGGCAACAACAUGCGAUGCUUCGAUGUUUCUGCCACAACACAAACCCGAACGAUGCCGGCAAUUUGUUUACGAUAUGAGCGAACACACAAUUGUCCAGGAUUGGCAGCUGACGUGCAAGGAGAAUGCCUGGAAAUUGGCCUUUGUGGGCACCACACACUUUGCCGGUCUCGUCGUGGGCACGGCGCUUUUUGGUUACCUUGCGGAUCGAUUCGGACGUAAGCUGAUCUUCGUCUUCUGCACCAUCUUCAUGGGCUUAACGGGCAUUGGUCAGGCUCUGGCCUGGGAUUAUUCCAGUUUUUUGGGCUUUGCACUACUGAAUGCUGUGGGCACAUCCGGCGUUUAUCCGUUGGCCUUCAUAAUUGGAGUGGAAAUGGUUGGACCACGCAAACGUGAAAUGACCUCGAUUGUGCUCAACUAUUUCUAUGCGGUGGGCGAGGCGCUGCUUGGUCUGGCUGCCUGGUUGCUGACCAAUUGGCAGGCAUUGCAAUUGGCCCUCUCCAUACCGCCGCUCUUCUUUGUCGUCUAUUUCUGGCUGGUGCCGGAAUCGGUGCGUUGGCUCCUGGCGCGCAAUGAGCACGAGAAGGCGGGCACAAUUAUACGGAAAGCGGCGCACGUUAAUCAGCGGGAACUUUCCCUCGAACUUUUGGCAAGUUUCAAGCAGCAGCAAUUGGACACAACGGAUGCAAAGCAGUCGCAACAGCUGCAGCCAGAGCAACGCCAGAUUUGGCCAUCUGUCAAACAGGUGUUCGCCUCGAAUACGCUAAUCUGGCGUUAUACGAAUCUGCUGUUUAUAUGGGCUGUCAACGCCAUUGUUUUCUAUGGACUCUCGCUGAACUCGACCAAUCUGAGCGGCAAUAAAUAUUUGAAUUUUGCCUUGGUCUGCCUAAUUGAAAUACCCGGCUAUUGUUUGGCAUGGUUGUGUCUACGCAAGUUGGGACGCCGUCUGGCAUUAUCCGGCUCCCUGAUGCUCUGUGCCAUCACGUGCGCAGCCAGCGGCUAUUUGACCACGGGUGCAAAUUGGCUAAUUGUAACGCUCUUUUUAUUGGGGAAACUGGGCAUUACCUCAUCGUUUGCAGUCAUCUACACGUAUACGGCGGAAAUGAUGCCAACGGUUAUACGUAGCGGAGGUGUCGGCGUUAUGUCCACCUUUGCACGCUUUGGUGCGAUGCUGGCACCCUUUGUCCCACUACUGGGCAGCUACUAUGAGCCUUUGCCGCUGCUGCUGUUUGGCGUUGUCUCAAUGUUGGCCUCAAUUUUGUCGCUGCUGCUGCCCGAAACAUUUCACAAGAAGCUGCCCGAUACGGUUGUCGAGGCCAUUGCAUUGGGCAAGGAAAUGGAGCCGGUGUCGGUGGAGAGUGCGGACAGCUCGACAGCAUUGGGAAAUAAUGUACAACAUGAGUCCAUCAUUUAAGCAUGCGAAUUUAAUAGUAUUGUUAACUCUUUUAGUACAAAGCACUAGUAGUUAUUUAGUUAAUCGUAUAUAUAUAUAUAUAUAUACAUAUAUAUAUAUAUAUUCAAUUUGUACUUAGCUGUAAACCAAAACUUAAAAUGUAGAUCAGAUUUUUAAUUGCCUCCUUCGAGAGUUACUUUAACUUUUUGUAUCACCCUUUUUAUUUGUAAACUAAAAAUAUUAAAAUAUGCAUUUGUUUAUGACUA